AUGGACAAUAAGGCACUGGAACCUGAGUCUGUGAGUAUCUCCAUGGAGGAGGCCAUCAUAUGUAACAGAGAAGGCCAGCCUUUAUCCCAGCUUCCGCCUCAGCAGCAGCAGGAGCCAUCCAUGUUGACCCACCUGAAGAAGGUUGAGAAUGAGAUCACUGAAGCGCAACGUUUCUCCCACCUACCCAAACGCUCAGCUGUGGACUUGGAGUUCAUCGACCUCUCCUACACCAUCCAAGAGGGACCAUGCUGGAGGAGGAGAGGUUUCAAAGCUUUACUAAAGUGCCUGUCUGGGAGGUUCUGCAGUCGUGAGCUGAUCGGAAUCAUGGGACCCUCAGGGGCUGGGAAGUCCACCUUAAUGAACAUUUUGGCUGGAUACAGGGAAACAGGGAUGAAGGGUCAGAUCCUGGUAAAUGGUAAACCUAGGGACCUGAGGACAUUCAGGAAAAUGUCCUGCUACAUUAUGCAGGAUGACAUGCUGCUGCCACAUCUCACUGCACGCGAGGCCAUGAUGGUUUCAGCCAACUUGAAGCUGGAUGAAACUAUAGAUGUGAAAAAAGCACUGGUGAAUGAGAUUCUGACGGCUUUAGGGCUCCUUGACUGUGCUCACACUCGCACCAGCUCCCUGUCAGGAGGUCAGUGUAAACGGCUGGCCAUCGCCCUUGAACUGGUCAACAAUCCCCCAGUCAUGUUCUUUGAUGAGCCCACCAGUGGCUUAGACAGUGCGUCAUGCUAUCAAGUGGUCUCGCUAAUGCGUUCUUUGGCGCUGGGAGGACGGACCAUCAUCUGCACCAUCCACCAACCUAGUGCCAAACUGUUUGAGAUGUUUGACAAGCUUUACAUUCUCAGUCAGGGACAGUGUAUCUACAAAGGCACAGUCCCUUACCUCAUCCCCUAUUUGAAGAGUCUGGGCCUUUACUGUCCUACCUACCACAAUCCUGCAGACUUCAUCAUUGAAGUGGCAUCAGGAGAGUAUGGAGACUUGAACCCUGUGUUGUUUGAGGCAGUCCAAGGUGGAAUGUGUGCAUUAGAGGAGAAGAAGAACCAGUGUGGUAACAAUGGCACAUCAGUCUGUGCAACAAAGUACCCCAUGGAUGCUGGACACAUAGAGAGCCAUACUUUUGCCACAAGCACACUAACACAGUUCUGUAUCCUCUUCAAGAGAACCUUCAUAACAAUAUGUCGAGACCAGGUUUUGACCCACCUCAGACUGAUGUCCCACAUCUCCAUAGGUGUGUUAAUAGGCUUGCUAUAUCUGAACAUUGGCAAUGAUGCCAGCAAGGUCUUUAACAACACUGGGUUCCUCUUCUUCUCCAUGCUUUUCCUCAUGUUUGGUGCGCUCAUGCCCACCGUGUUAACUUUUCCUCUGGAGAUGUCUGUGUUCCUGAGGGAGCAUCUUAACUACUGGUACAGCCUGAAAGCCUACUACCUGGCCAAGACCAUGGCUGAUAUCCCAUUCCAGGUCCUCUGCCCCAUCAUGUACUGCAGCAUAGUGUACUGGAUGACAGAACAGCCUCCAGAGGCAAGCCGCUACCUACUCUUCAUAGCCCUGUCCACCUGUACUGCCCUGGUAGCCCAAUCCCUAGGCCUGCUGGUUGGGGCCGCUUCCACCUCACUAGAGGUAGCCACAUUUGUUGGACCUGUCACAGCUAUCCCAGUGCUGCUUUUCUCUGGAUUCUUUGUGAACUUUGACACAAUCCCCAAGUAUCUGCAGUGGAGCUCCUACGUGUCUUAUGUCAGGUAUGGGUUUGAAGGAGUAAUCUUGUCCAUCUAUGGUAUGAACCGUUCAGAGCUAGAGUGUCCGGGGAAGGUGUGUAAGUUCCAACAGCCUGAGGAGGUGCUGCAGUUAUUGGAUGUGGAAGAUGCAAAGCUCUACUUAGAUUUCAUUGUCCUAGGCAUUUUCUUUAUCAUCCUACGACUGGCCACCUACCUUGUCCUCCGCUACAAAGUCAAAUCUGAGCGAUAGGUUUCAUUUGGCUCAUCUUCCAAAACUAAAGACACCCCUAAUGUCAUUGCACACCUGA